CGUGCACUUGUCGGCAUCAACAUUCGCCCAACAUUUGCCAACACGCUCCAAGAACAAGACCAAGACGCCUGCCUGCCUUCCUCCCCCCUUUGUUCGCCACCGCCGUCACAAGACAAGCCAUGGGGUCCCUGGCAGUUCAGCAAUCGCAGUCUCCGAGACGCAAGGCCUCAGUCGCCUCCGCUUCUUCACCCGACUCGUCCCCCGGUGCACGCACAAUGGCCAGCUCGGCCGUGUUCCCGCCUCUCAACUUGCGCUCCACGUCCACGGGCAGCACACGCAACAGCUUCAUGCCGCACGCUGCCUUCCCUCAGAGCGACGACAGCAACGACGAUGAGCGCCGCAAUGCCACAGCGCUCACGAUCGUGGAGCUACUGGCCCGCGCCGGAACGAACGGCAACAACAAGACCACACAGCAACAGACACAGCAGGCUCCACUGCCUUCUCUCCGACCGCAGAGCAACAGCUCGACAGGCAGCUCAGCGCUGCCGUCUCUGCCUAAGAUGGUGAUCCCGUCGCUUCGUGGCGACCAGCGCUUCUCCUUCCCGAGCAGCUCGGGUGGAUACUCCAGUCAGACCCCAACGUCUAACGGAGGGAACCCGCACGGCCUGUCGCCAGCAGCGCGACCCAUGCCGAUGCCCUCAGCAACUCAAUCGACUAAUCCGAGCCCGCCCAAGAGAGGCCGAGCCGCCAGCGCCACGGGAGCUGUCAACAACUCGCGUAAACGACAGAAAGACGAGCUGACGCGACUGCGUGCACAGGUGCAGGAGUUGCAGCGCGAGCUGGAGCAUGUGCGUUCCAGGAUGCCUCGUAGUAAGAUCCGAGCCAUUCCGGCCGUCGUGAACGGCGGAAUUAAGACGGAGCGGUCGCCACAUUCCCCCGUAGCAGUGACUGCAGCACCUUUGAUGGGAUUGGAGUCUGCAGGAGACUCCACGAGUGGAUUGAUGGUCGUUCCUGUAUGGGAACGCAUGGCUCAACAUCAGAAAGAGGAGAAAAGCAAGGCUGAGAUGGAGAAUCUACGUCUUAAGGGUCUCAUCCAAGAGCAACUUAAGAUCUCCAAGGGCCUAGAGAAGCUUCUACGUAAACGAUGCAAGUCGUCUAUGAGCUCAGGCUCCGACGCUGAGACCUCAGCCACUGUGCUUGGCGUCAAGCGACCACGCACAAGUGACGCUGAAGAGACAGCGGUCUUCGCCUCGCUGGCCUCUGGUCUAGAAGCUCGUCUUGCAGAGAUGGAGGCUGUGUUUGACAAGGGCGGCCUCAAUAGAGACAAACAGGAGCUGCAGGAGACUCAGAUGAUCCUGGACGAACGACGUGGGCCUGUAAUGGAAGUCAAGGACGCCAGGAUCCUGCCAUUCGACGUACAAGCCUGUGCCACUGCCGUCUGGCAGUGCAUGGAAGCCGAAUCUGAGGCCACAGUCGUGGGUGGCUCGACUACUGAUACGCUAUGCUUUAAGAGCCCCAUGCCUCUGCGCCAACACCGCGCGCCCGACGCCGAACUUACCGUCCGCUGCGUGAUUCGCCGCGUGACGGACGUCACUACCGGCCGCGUUGUGUUCGUGUGGGAGUCGGUGGCCGACUGUCCGAACCGCUUGCCGCACGUCAGUGCAAGCGCCAAGGGCAUCGAGAUCCGCGACUGUGGCUGGGGCCUGCUGGAGCCGCUGCGUACUCGUACGGGUGAACACUCGAGCAUCUUGCAGCUCUGUUCGUAUCUGAUGCCCCAGCUCUGUGGUGUUUCGGCCGAGCAGAGUCGGCAGCACAUUCACGGCCUCGCCGAGCUGGUGGCGCCCUGCUACCGCGGGCUGUGGAACAAGCGGCAGCGCAGUGUUGAGAACAUGCUCAUGAACGGAGCCAUCACUGCCAAGAACAACCAGCACGCGCCGCACAAGGUCGAGCUCAAGCAAGAAACGGAGCCGGCACGGUAAAAUGAGCCACUCAAAUGUAGAACAGUUUUGAGGCAAAUAACUAUGACUAGGAUAAUAUAUGGAAAGCUGUUAAAGCGAAGUUCUCGGGAAGCCGUUGGGAUUGUUCGUGAACGACUGGCCAUGGUAUAGGGGUCGCGAAUCUAGUGAUUACGGUC